AUGAGCUCAUCGUGGGACUCGGAGAUGUCAGGUCUUGAAAAAACCAGGAACAAUCUUAAAAUAUUACGAAAGAUCAGUGAUCAGCCGCAUGCGCGGACGACCGAUGUAGCCACUACAGGUGUCACUACGUCGCAAUCAUUGGCUCGACCGCGUGCGUACAUGGGCAGUCAAGACGAUACUGGCUCUGGAUCCUCGCGCAGUUCUGCACGUCCCCGUGCCUUUGUCCGUGGUGAUGACGACACGAGCUCAAUGGGUUCACACACGUCGGCCCGUCCCAAAGCUUUUGUGCGUAGGGAUGACGAUGCAGGAUCAAUGGGUUCACACACGUCGGCGCGUCCCAAGGCUUUCGUUUGCACGGAUAAUGACGUCGACUCUGUGUCGUCGCGUACGUCCGGUAGACCCAAGGCCUUCGUCCGCACAGACGACGAUGCCGGUUCCAUGUCUUCUAGUGCCUCAGCGCGUCCAAAGGCUUUUAUUCGGACCGAUAAUGAUGUUGACUCCAUGUCAUCGCGUACAUCAGGUAGACCCAAGGCCUUCGUUCGCACAGACGAUGAUGCCGGUUCCGUGUCCUCUCGAGCUUCAGUACGUCCAAAGGCUUUUAUUCGAAGAGAUGAUGAUAAUAGCUCCAUGUCCAGUAACCAAGGUCUAGGUCGCUCUAGACUCGACUGUGGCCAGGGCAGUGUGGCCAGUACUUCUGGUCGUCCUCAUGUAGGCAUUGCAGGCGGCGGCGGGUUGACGGCCGCUAUGCUGCAGCAACAUCGUGCGGCUGUUGGCAUCGCUGGUCUGGAAGUGGGUGCUCAUCGUGGUCGCUAUGACUUGGACGAGACGCGCUCCAUGACUGGCAUGUCUUCCCGUAAUCGUUGCUCGCCUGGCGCCCGCAUCCCGCACGCACAACCGCUCAGCGCCAGUAUGGGUCCACGCAUUCGCGUCCCAGAGGCCGAUAUCCCUAGUGACAUUCCUAACCACGUUGUUGACGAGAUAAAGAAGCGUUUGGAGACGCACUUUGCCUCACGCAACAGCGCUGUGGACAAAAAGGUGACAGAUCUAUGCACAGACGUUGCCAGUCUAACCACACAAGCGUCUUCGCUUAGCUCGCAGAUCUCGGAGCUGCGCGCCACUGUCCUGGCGUCUGGCAACAUCAACUCGUCGGCCGACGUUCCCGCGGCAUCAAACCCAACGAUCUUUGCUACUGUCGAGGCCAAUGCUGCCGUAAUUGCUCGCCUUGAAGAGCACAGCGCGGACUUGUUAAGCCGUCAAUCAAGUGUGGAUCGCGAGUUGAUGGAUAUUGGCAAUCGAGUCAAUGCGCUGUCGUCUGCGACCAUGAAGAUUUCAGCGCUGGAGGACAACAUUGAGGCUUUGGUUGCCAAUCGCCAGAAGCAGGAGCAAGGAUUAUUUAAGUUUGCAGAGAGGGUGCAGUUGAUGCACCGUCAAAUAGGCAGCUUGGUGGAUAUGAAGGCUGUUGAAAACUUGUUGAGCAUUCGUCUGACGCGAGAAUUUCGUGAAAUGGAGGACCGACUAUCGCAAAAUGUAAUUCAAAUUGCCGAGAAGAUGGAGCAGAAGAUGCAGGACCUGGAGAAACAGUCCUGCUUGCAGCAACAGGAGGGUUUAGCUGUGCUGAAGAACGACCUGUCGGAUGAUAUUGAACGCUUCCAACGAUCAACGCUUGUGUUGCAAAACUCCCAGACGCAGUGCAAGGAAGAGGUGGUACAGCUCUCGAGUGCUUUAGACCGCCAGGAGAAGACAUUUCAGGAAACCAAGAUAUUUAGUGCGACGCUACACGACGAGCUGGCUGACACGCGCACGGAGCUAAAUAAGGCGCUGCAAAGCGAAUUGCGCAGCGCUGUGGCGGUGAUGGAGGAGAAGUUCGAACAGAUUGCGAGAAACAGCAAGGACGAGUCGAACAAGGUCGAUGACAAGUUUGCAGAGCUUGCCAAGAAGCAGCAGAAACUUGAGGAGACCAUGAUGACACUUCAGGAAAAUAUGCAUCAGGUCAAGGUGGAAGCCAAUCAUCGGUCUGGAUAUGGUGUUGCGGACAGAGAGGAAGAGAACGAUACGUUGCAUCAGCGCCUUGCCCGGUCCGUGGCCGAGCUGGAAGCUUUGACUUCCACAAAGACUGAAGUGGAGCGCCGCUUUGCUAGUGAGAAGCAGCAUUUCGAAGAUAGGUUGAAGGAAAUUCGGACGACCAUGAUUGAUACAGAAAAACAGAAGGAGGCACAAUGCUUGGAGUUGAUGCAAAAGCUGCAGGAGGAAAGUAAGUUGAUGGGUGUCGCACAAGGAAAGAACUCGCUACUCGAACACUUGCUUGCGCGUGAAAAGGCUGAGAAUGAGGAGAAGAGUGAGUUGAUGUGUAAGUCGAAGAUGGAGGUGACAGAAGUCCACGACCAAAUUUACAAUAUGGAUAAUGAAAACGAGAAGAAAGUUCGACGGCUGACGUCGGAGUUACAGGCUAAAGAGACCCAGGUUGGACUGCUGACUAAGACGUUGAAUCGUAUUGAAACGACCUCUGCUGAGAUGCUAGAGUUGUCCAAGCGUGAGGCUAAAGCCAUGCGUCGUGUGAAGACUACCAAAGAGCAUGCGCUUUUCAUCGCGCAGCUGAAGCUGAAAGAAAUGGAGAGUGUGGCGCAUGGACCUACAAAUGGCGAUGAGAGGAAGAAGCAAGGCGCUUUACCAGCUGCAAGCUCUGAAGUUUGCGAUGAGCUAGAGAAAUUGCUUCUUGACAGCCAGCUAGAGAAAGACGAUCUAAAGCAAGAGCUGAAGGAGAUGACCGAAAAGUUUAAUGCGGCCAAAGAAAGCCAGAAAAUGGUUAUGGAGGACACCAUCAUCCAACUUCCAAGCGAUUAUGGUAACAAGGUUGGCGAGCUGAAGCAACAGAUCGCGGACAAGGAACAGGCAAUGCGGCAACUUCGCAACACACUUGCAGUGCAAAGGAACCUUGACGCUGUCCAAGACGAGUUAGUGGCGCUAAAGGAUGACAAGAAAGACUUGCUCGAGCAAAUUCAGCGUGCGCAGAUUGAGCACGAGCGAGUCACUCUUGAGACAGAGACGAACCUCCGUCUGACGUAUGCAACCGAGUUUGCUGCCAUGAAGUCAAAAUCUGAAGAGCGUAUUGUGGAGCUGGAGGGCGCCAGGUCUGAGCUUGAAACGAAUAAGAUGACGAUUGCCCAUCUGGAAAAAGAGCUAGAGAACCAGGAAGCCGUGCACCACCGUGAAGUAUCCGCCCUCACGCAUGAAAUUAAGGAGGCCCGACGCAAGAUUGAUGAAUGCACGGCACAGAUUCUGAAGCUUGGAGAAGCCAAGUCUCGUCUAGAGAAAGAAGUUUGUCGAAUGGAGACCAACAUUAGCGGUGUAUCUGUUGAAACGGAAGAGAUGGUAUCCGUUAGAAGUCAGAUGCAGUCAGAAGUUAACAAGCUUCGUACUGAGCUUGCUGAGGUGUCAAGCAGGCUUGAGGAAAAACAGACGAUGCUGGAGAAGGCAAAACAGUCGGAUGAGGUCAACCGCGAGCGGUUGGUUAAAAUGGCGGUGACACAAGAAGUAAUGCAGAGCCGUUACGCUUUCCAAGUCAACGCACUUACUUUAAAGCUCAAUCAGGCAUGUGACCGCUCUGGAGCUCGCGAGCAGGACCUGGAGAACACGAUUGCCAAGCUCGAUGCCGAUGUUAAGACCUUACAUACUAAAUCGAGCAAGGAGGUGGAUAGUUUGCGCCUGGAACUUACGGAACAAAUGACCAAGCUGACGACGACUUUGCAGGCGUCUCAGCACCGCGAGCAGCAGCUGCAAUCUCGCAUUAAGCGUAUUCUGGAGGAGUUGGUGCAAGCCGCGAAUGCCUCGGGCGAGAACGGACUGACAGGGGACGCUGAGAUGAACGAUGACGAUGCCAUCAAGCACCACCUCGACGCGCUGCAUGCGACGCACCGCCGAACGGUACACGAGUUAGAGCAGCUACAGGCCGCGUACGAUCUAACUGUGAAGCAGGCUUCUGUGGACAGUACUUCUGCCCAGGAGCUGGAUAAUCAGGUUAAGGAACACGAGAUUCAGAUCCGUGAGCUGGAGUCGAUUGUGGAGCAACUUCGUGAGGAGUUGAAGGAGCAAUACCACAAGUUUGCAGUCAUUGCCAAGGGUUCAGACGAGUUCAGUGACGAGAUGGCUUCCUUACGUGAGGAGAAGCGUCAGCUUGAGCGUCAGCUUGAGGAAGAGGAAAAAGACCGUGCAAAGCGCGAGAUAUCGUACCAGCGGCGAACGGAGAUGAAGGAGCGCGAAGUUGACGAACUCCGUACCGAGAACGAAACAUUGACGGCUGCUGUCGCUGCCGUCCGUGAAAAGAUGUGUGCAGUGGAAAGCGUCAAGUACAAUGAUCUAGGCGAGUUACAGAGCAAGCUGCAAGAUUUGGAAGUACGCACGGCUGCACUUGAGCCUAAGAAAGAUAACAUUGCCAACUUGGAGAAGGAUUUGGCUGCCACCCGACAAGAGAUUGCGUCAUUGACUGCAGAAGUGCAGUAUCUUUACCAAAAGCUGACUGCCUGCUGUGAUAUCAAGGAAUGGAGUAAACUGCGUGCGUGUUUGUUUGAUGAAGAAGACCAGCUGACCCAAAUUUGUUCAGAACAUGCGCGUGAACUAGCCAAGGUCCAGUCAGUCGAGCAGGAAAUUUUGAUGAACGCUGAGUUCCUAAAUGCAUUGCUUGUCACUCACGGUUCGAUGGGAGAAGAUGAAGAGCUUUUGAAUGAUCAUCGGUGGAUGCAAAAGUAUGUUUCAAUUGCUCCAGAGAUUGUGGAAAAGCUCCGCAAUGUAGAGUCACGUCUACGAGACGCUAUGUUAGAUAUACAUGGCCGUUCGACUUCACUGUUUGAAGGAUCUACCACGACUCCAAUGAGCCAUGUAAGUGGCAAUGGGUCUUGUGACAACGGUGCUUUGCGACGUCCGCCGACUUCGCAGAAUUCGGCUGUGGAUGGUGCUGCAAUCGCACUUGCAUUGGAAAAGGCGAAGCAGAAUUACUUUUGUGAGACUUCGGAAACAGGACAGGAAGACGAGGAUGGAGAUGCGAGACGCGAGACGGACCAGCUGGACGUGGAGCAGCAGAGUUUUGUGGACCACGAGGAAGAAGGAACUACGCCAUGA